AUCGGACGCUCGUAUGUGAACUGUCAAAUCCAAUCGUCUUUACAAAAAUAUGGCUCGAUCAUCAAGUAAUGACCGAAAAAAAAAAUCAAAAUCUGCCAAAUCAUCAAAAUAUAUAAGGAAGCACUCUAGCAAGGAUGAUAGAAGAUCAGAAAGAAAGGGUAAAAGAAGAGCUUAUAGCUCUAGUUCAUCUUCAUCAAAUUAUAGAUCAAAUAAAAAAAUUUCAUAUUAUAAAUCAGAAAAAUAUGAUAAAAAAAAGGAUAGACAUAGAAAUAAGUCUCAUUCUAGCUCAGAAUCUUUGGGAGAAAAAAUAUCAAAGAAAAGUGCUCUCAAAUAUCCGGAAAACAGUGCCAAUCUUAGACAUGGUAUAAAACAGGCUUUACAAAAUGCAGAAAAACAAGAUACUUCAUUGAAAAGUAUUAAGGAAAUGAAAAACUCCCUUCUUUUUACAAGAGAUAUAAAAUUAGCAUCAAAUCCUGAUAAUCCCAUCGAAAAGACAAGUUUACUUGAAUCUAUUAAUUCGAGCAAUUUUUCACAGAUCCCUUUUAUCAGCUCCUCCAAAAAAAAAACUGAAACCAACUCCUCUUCAAACCCAAAUGAAGCGAAUGUCAACAAACAUGAUAACGCUAUGUUUGGUUCCAAACCUAUUCCUGACACCCAGAAAUUAGACUUAGCUUCGAUACAAUUACCCAACGAAAGACCACUCUAUUCAUUAUCCAUUUCGUCUAUAACUGACCCUAAAAUGCUUAUACAUAAACAAUACCACGUUACCAAGGAAGAAAAGUUUAAAAGUUGGAUCACAUAUAUAGAAAAUAUAUCAAAGGAGAUUAAUGUUUAACACAAAAUAUUAUAUAAUAAAUAUAAAAGCUAUUAUCAAAAAAAUAAAAUAAAUAUAUAUAUUAAAUUUUAUAACAUUGCCAUGAUAUUUUAAAAUAAUAAAAAUUGUAUAUAAGACUGUUUUAUUAUAAGUUAAUAAAAAAUUUCUUUUGUAUUAAAAAAAGGGGGGAGAAUAGAAAUAUAUUAUUCUGUCUAAUACUGAACUAAUAAUUUUGAUAUUAUAAUUAAAUACAAACCCAAAAA